AUGAUAGCGUGGGAAGAUAUUUACAAAAUAGUGGUGGCCAUGGUGCCAUUUUACGCAGCACUGGCGUUAGGCUACGGCUCCAUAAGGUGGUGGCAUAUGUUUAAACCAGACCAUUGUGAUGCUAUAAACCGCUUCAAUUGCUAUUUCAUAAUGCCAUUUUUCACCUUCGAGUUCACAGCACAUGUCAAUCCUUAUAAGAUGAAUUUUCUCUUCAUUGCCGCUGAUGUUAUAGCUAAAGUCAUUAUCGGCAUUGUUUUAGCUUUGUGGGCUAAUUUGAGUAGGAAGGGGAAGUAUGAUUGGUCUGUAACAUGCUUCUCUUUAUCAAGUCUCAAUAACACUCUUGUUGUCGGAGUUCCACUAUUGAAAGCCAUGUAUGGUCAAAUGGGAGCUGAUCUUGUUAUCCAGUCGUCAGUUAUACAGUCUCUUUUUUGGAUCCCUGCUCUUUUAUUCAUGUUGGAAUUCAGACGUACGAGGUGUGAUACAUCAGUUAUCUCGACAGCCCCGGCCUUAGAUGAUCGGCAAGUGAAUUUGUCAUCGAUUGAAAUGGGGAGAAAUGAUCGUGAUACUGUGGACGAGAACACAAAUUCUAUUGUGAGUAAAGCACCAUCUUUCUUACCUUUGAUGAAGACGGUAUGGAGUAAACUUGCUAAGAACCCAAAUUCCUAUGCAUGUUUUCUUGGCAUCAUCUGGGCUCUUUUCGCUAAGAGGUGGCAUUUUCAGAUGCCCUCCAUUCUUGAAGGAUCCAUAUUGAUUAUGUCAAGGGCUGGGGGUGCUGUUGCCAUGUUCUCUAUGGGUCUUUUUAUGGCAUUGCAAGAGAAAGUGAUUGCCUGUGGUGUCCGUCUAACGUUGUUGGGGAUGGUAUUGAGGUUUGUUGGUGGACCAAUGAGUAUGGCUAUUGGUUGUUUUGCAUUAGGCCUGCGUGGCCACAUUUUAUAUGUAGCAAUCAUUCAGGCGGCACUGCCACAGUCGAUCGCGUCCUUUGUUUUUGCUCAACAGUAUGGACUGCACUCAGAAUUACUUAGUACUGCGGUUAUUUUUGGCACUAUAAUAUCUCUUCCUCUCUUGAUUGGCUAUUACUCCAUCUUUGAUUCUUUCCAUUGA